AUGCUGGAGGAUCAGGUAGCGUACCUUUUGCAGAGGUACCUUGGCAAUUAUGUAAGGGGUCUCAACAAAGAAGCUCUCAAAAUCAGUGUCUGGAAAGGUGAUGUGGAGCUGAAGAAUAUGCAGCUGAAGCCCGAGGCUCUAAAUGCUUUAAAAUUGCCGGUGAAGGUCAAAGCAGGUUUUCUCGGAUCAGUGAAACUUAAGGUUCCAUGGAGUAGGCUUGGCCAAGAUCCAGUCUUAGUAUCUUUGGAUCGCAUUUUCUUAUUAGCCGAACCUGCAACUGAAGUUGAGGGAUGUAGUGAGGAUGCUGUCCAAGAAGCUAAGAAGAGCCGAAUACAGGAGAUGGAAUUGAAGCUGUGGGAGAAGUCACAACAGUUAACGUCAGAAAUGAACAAAUCAUGGUUGGGAUCCCUCAUCAGUACCAUUAUUGGAAAUUUGAAGCUUUCAAUUUCUAAUAUUCACAUCAGAUAUGAGGAUGGUGAGAGCAAUCGAGGGCACCCAUUUGCAGCUGGUGUUACGUUGGACAAACUCUCAGCUGUGACAGUUGAUGAUACUGGGAAAGAGACUUUUAUCCCUGGAGGUGCACUUGAUUGCAUUCAAAAGUCUGUUGAACUGGACCGGCUUGCAGUUUAUUUAGAUUCAGAUAUUAUUCCAUGGAAUGUUGAUAAAUCAUGGGAAGAUUUGCUUCCUUCAGAAUGGUUUCAGAUAUUUAAAUUUGGCACUAAAGAUGGGAAGCCAGCUGAUACUUUGUUAAGAAAGCACUCAUACAUUCUGCAACCGGUGACUGGGAAAGCAAAGUACUCCAAGCUGCACUCAAAUGAGGUUGCUGAUAGCAAACAACCUUUACAGAAGGCUGUGGUGAAUUUGGAUGAUGUUACAAUCAGCUUAUCUAAGGAUGGAUACGGGGAUAUCAUGAAAUUAGCAGACAACUUUGCUUCAUUUAACCAACGUCUAAAGUAUGCUCAUUAUCGACCACUGGUGCCAGUUAAAGCUGAUUCAAGGUCUUGGUGGAAGUAUGCUUACAGAGCUGUAUCUGACCAGAUGAAGAAGGCAAGUGGAAAAAUGUCAUGGGAGCAAGUUUUAAGAUAUGCAAGCUUGCGGAAGAGAUAUAUCUCUCUCUAUGCUUCGUUACUUAAAUCUGACCCUAGUCAGGUGACAAUUAGUGGCAACAAAGAGAUUGAAGAACUAGAUCGGGAGCUUGAUAUUGACCUUAUACUGCAAUGGAGAAUGUUGGCUCACAAGUUUGUGCAGCAAUCAGCGGAGUCAAAUCUUAACGUGAAGAAACAGAAAGCGGGGAAAUCUUGGUGGUCAUUUGGCUGGACCAGUCAACCUCCUAAAGAGGAAAGUGAGGAAUUUAAUUUCAGCGAUGAGGACUGGAAUCAGUUAAAUAAAAUAAUUGGGUAUAAGGAAGGUGAUGAUGGGCAAUCGGCUAUAAGUAGCAAGGCAGAUGUUAUUCACACUUUCCUGGUGGUUAACAUGAACCAUAAUGCUUCCAAGCUUAUUGGGGAAGCCAAAGAGCCUGUUGCUGAAUUAUCAUGUGAAGACCUCAGUUGCUCAAUAAAGCUUUAUCCAGAAACAAAGGUUUUUGACAUUAGGUUGGGCUCAUAUCAGUUAUCAUCACCGAAAGGUCUCCUCGCUGAGAGUGCAACUUCAUAUGACUCAUUAAUUGGUGUCUUCAAUUAUAAACCAUUUGAUGACAAGGUGGACUGGAGCAUGGUUGCCAAAGCUUCUCCAUGUUAUAUGACUUAUAUUAAGGACAGCAUUGAUCAAAUUGUGAAAUUCUUUGAAAGUAAUACCGCAGUAAGUCAGACCAUAGCACUAGAAACUGCAGCUGCUGUGCAGAUGACAAUUGACGAAGUGAAGCGCUCUGCCCAGCAACAAAUGAACCAAGCAUUAAAGGAUCAUGCCAGGUUUUCAUUGGAUUUGGAUAUUGCAGCUCCCAAGAUUACUAUUCCUACUGAUUUUUGUCCUGACAAUACCCAUGCCACAAAGCUUUUACUGGACCUAGGGAACUUGAUGAUUCGUACACAGGAUUACCGUCAACAGGAAUCAGCUGAGGAUAAUAUGUACCUGCAAUUUGAUUUGGUCUUAAGUGAUGUAUCGGCAUUUUUAUUUGAUGGUGACUAUCACUGGAGCCAAAUUUCUCUGAAUAAGUCAGCCCAUUCAACGAAUAGUGGUUUCUUCCCAAUUAUUGACAAGUGUGGAGUCAUCUUGCAGCUUCAACAGAUUCAGUUAGAGACUCCUUUCUAUCCUUCAACGCGCCUUGCUGUGAGGCUUCCAUCGUUGGCCUUUCAUUUUUCUCCUGCUCGGUAUCAUCGACUGAUGCAGGUAAUGAAGAUCUUUGAGGAUGAUGACAGCUCGGGGUUUCUUCAUCCUUGGAAUCAGGCUGACCUUGAGGGGUGGUUGUCUCUUCUAACGUGGAAGGGCAUGGGAAUCAGAGAAGCUGUGUGGCAGCGGAGAUACUUCUGCUUAGUUGGACCGUUUCUUUAUGUUCUUGAAAGCCCUGACUCGAGAUCUUACAAACAGUAUACCAGCUUACGGGGGAAACAGGUAUAUCAGGUUCCACCAGAGUUUGUUGGUAAUGCAGAGCAUGUUCUGGUUGUGGAGGAUACAAAUGCACUGAUUUUACGUUGUGAAUCAGAGGAUUCAAAGAAAACCUGGCAUAGUCGCUUACAAGGGGCUAUUUAUUACGCAUCAAAUACUGCUCCUAUUUCGGGUCUAUCAGAAACCUCAUCAGAUCGUGAUGAUAUUGAAUCAGAACAUGAUAACCAGGGUGUGAUUGAUAUAGCAAUUGCUGAAAGAUUGUUUGUAACAGGUGUUCUUGACGAAUUGAAGGUUUGCUUCAGUUAUAGUUAUCAGUCUGAUCAGAGCUUAGUGAAGGUGCUUUUAAAUGAAGAGAAGCGUUUGUUUGAAUUUCGAGCAAUAGGUGGUCAAGUGGAGGUUUCUAUCAGAGACAAUGACAUUUUCAUUGGUACUAUCUUGAAGUCCUUGGAAAUAGAAGAUUUAGUUUGCUGUAGUCAACAGUCUCAGCCUUGUUAUUUGGCAAGGUCAUUUAUUGGGACUGCUGAUGAGAAUUCAUUAUUCUUUAAUACUAUGACAGAAGAUGUUGAAAGUAGGGGAUUAAUACCUACUGAAACUGAUGAUAAGUUUUUUGAGGCACCUGAGACUUUGGCAGACAGUAUCCAACUUAAUUAUUCAUCUCUGGAACUGCCAAAGUUUAGUCGCAUUACUGGACUUCUACCUAAUGAUGCUCCUUCUACUAGUAAUAUUGAACUUGAACUUAGUGACACGUUGGAGAGUUUUGUUAAAGCACAAAUUGUUAUCUAUGACCAGAACUCUGCUCGGUAUAAUAAUAUAGAUAAGCAGGUGGUAGUGACUCUGGCUACCUUGACUUUUUUUUGUCGUAGACCAACAAUCCUAGCCAUUAUGGAAUUUAUUAAUUCUGUUAACAUCGAGGAUGAAAACUUUGCAUCUUCUGGUGACAAAUCUUCAACAGCCAUUAUGAAAAGUGAUGUAUCAAGAGAAGUCGAUGAUUUGGAUGCUACUACAGUGGAGGAACAUGCUGUUAAAGGCUUGCUUGGAAAAGGGAAAUCCAGAGUUGUGUUCAAUCUGACAUUAAAGAUGGCCCAGGCCCAAAUACUUUUGAUGAAGGAAAAUGAAACCAAGCUUGCUUGUUUGUCUCAAGAGAGUUUGCUUACAGAUAUCAAGGUGUUUCCUUCUUCUUUUAGUAUUAAAGCAGCCUUGGGGAAUCUGAAAAUAAGUGAUGACAGCCUACCUAGCAGUCAUUUAUAUUACUGGGCAUGCGAUAUGAGAAAUCCUGGGGGCAGAUCUUUUGUGGAGUUGGAGUUCACAUCAUUUAGCAACGAUGAUGAAGACUAUGAAGGUUAUGAUUUUAGCCUUUUUGGUGAGCUUUCUGAAGUGCGGAUUGUUUAUCUAAAUCGAUUUGUGCAAGAGGUUGUUGGCUAUUUUAUGGGUCUUGUUCCAAGUAGCCCAAAAAGUGUCAUCAAAGUAACAGAUCAAGUGACCAAUUCAGAGAAGUGGUUUUCAGCUGGUGAUAUUGAAGGAUCACCUGCUGUGAAGUUUGAUCUCUCUCUUAGGAAGCCUAUAAUAUUAAUGCCUCGGAUAACGGAUAGCCUUGAUUUUUUGAGGCUUGACAUUUUUCAUAUAACUCUGAAGAAUACCUUUCGGUGGAUUGGUGGAAGUAAAAGUGAAAUGAAUGCAGUGCACUUGGAAACUUUGAUGCUCCAGGUUGAAAAUAUCAAUUUAAAUGUUGGAACUGGAACAGACUUAGGCGAAAGCAUAAUUCAGAGUGUGGAUGGGCUAUCUGUGAUUAUUCAUAGGUCACUCCGAGACUUGUUACAUCAAUUUCCAAGCAUUGAAAUUUUAAUCAAGAUCGAAGAGUUGAAAGCGGCAGUGUCAAAUAAAGAAUAUCAGAUUAUUACUGAGUGUGCUGUAUCUAACUUUUCUGAGGUUCCACAGAUUCCUCCACCGCUGAAUCAAUAUUCCACCAUGACAUUAAAUUAUGCCACAGGAGAUAUUGUCCCCGAGGUUACAGAUGGUGUUGAUUCAGGGACCACAAAUGUUGAAGUCUCCAUUUUGCUUAAAAUCUCAGUGUCCUUAAAUCUGGUUGAACUGAGCUUAUAUACAGGGGUGACCAGAGAUGCAUCUCUGGCCACUGUACAGGCCAGUGGUGCAUGGCUGCUAUAUAAGUCCAAUACAGCAGGAAACGGAUUCCUCUCUGCAACACUUCAAGGUUUCAGUGUGUUUGAUGAUCGCGAGGGAGUUGAACAAGAAUUUCGGUUAGCGAUAGGAAAGCCUGAGAAUAUUGGAGCCAGUCCUCUAAAUGCUUCUUCAUAUCAUCAAAACCAGGACUCUGUGGAUAGUAGCUUAAUCAAGCGGAAUAAUAUUGAGCCAAUUCAGACGAUGCUCAUUGUUGAUAUGAAAUUUGGUCAGGAUUCAACAUUUAUUUCUUUGUGUGUCCAAAGGCCUCAGUUGCUGGUUGCACUAGAUUUUCUGCUUGCUGUAGUUGAGUUUUUCGUUCCAACAGUCAGCAGUAUGCUAUCAUAUGAAGAACACACUAGGUCCCACAUGCUGGAAGCUAUCAUCAUGGAUCAGUCAACUUACAAACAACCUUGUGCUGAAUUUUCCCUCUCACCUCAAAAGCCUUUAAUAGUUGAUGAUGAAAGUUUUGAUCAUUUCAUUUAUGAUGGUGAUGGUGGAAUUUUAUAUUUAAAAGAUAGACAGGGUUUUAAUCUCACAGAAGCUAGCUCGGAGGCUAUAAUAUAUGUUGGAAGUGGGAAGAAGUUGCAAUUCAAAAAUGUCGUUAUUAAGGGUGGACAGCACUUGGAUUCUUGUGUUUAUCUUGGAGCAAAUAGUAGCUAUUCGGCUUUGAAGGAUGAUCAUGUAUUCUUGGAAGGGUUAGUUGAAAGUCCUCCGCCAAGAUCCUUGAGAGGAAGUGUGGAUGAAGUACCACGUCAGAAUAAUGCAGUUAAUAAUGCCACGGAGUUGAUCAUUGAGGUUCAGGCUGUUGGACCCGGGCUUACCUUCUAUAACACAUCAAAAGAUGUAGGUGAAUUAUUAAACUUGUCCAAUAAACUUCUACUUGCACAGUUGGAUGCAUUUUGCAGGCUUGUUUUGAAGGGUAACAAUAUUGAGAUGACUGCAGAUAUACUUGGUUUGACUAUGGAGAGUAAUGGAAUCCGGAUUUUGGAGCCAUUUGAUACAUCCUUGAAGUACUCUAAUGCUUCUGGGAAGACCAAUAUACAUUUGUCUAUUUCUGAUAUUUUCAUGAAUUUCACAUUUAGUAUCUUGAGAUUAUUUCUUGCUGUGGAAGAUGAUAUUCUUGCAUUUUUAAGGAUGACAUCGAAGAAAAUGACAAUUGUUUGCUCCCAGUUCGAUAAAGUUGGAACCAUAAAAUAUUCUCAUACUGAUCAAACGUAUGUCUUUUGGAGGCCUCAUGCUCCUCCUGGUUUUGCUGUACUUGGUGACUACCUGACACCACUAGACAAGCCACCGACAAAAGGGGUUCUCGCAGUAAAUACCAAUUCUAUAACAGUUAAGAGACCCAUUAGUUUCAGAUUGAUUUGGCCACCUUUAACUUCUGUGGGCAAUUCUGACACGUGGAAAGAUGAGGCAGAUGGCUGCUGUUCCAUUUGGUUCCCGGAAGCUCCCAAAGGUUAUGUUGCACUAGGCUGUGUAGUUAACCAUGGAAGGACACCACCCCCUUUAUCUUCUGUUUUUUGCAUCCCAUCCUCUUCGGUAUCGCCAUGUUCGUUAAGGGAUUGUAUCACAAUCGGUACUACUGAUAUAUGGUCAUUCAGUGUGGCAUUCUGGCGUGUGGAUAACUCUGUUGGCACUUUCUUGCCAGUAGAUCCUAUCACACUCAGUUUGAUGGGUAAAGCGUAUGAAUUGCGUUGUAUUAAAUAUGAUAUUAUGAAGGCAUCCUCUGCAGUCUUAAGCAGUCUGGAUUCCAAUGCUCCUUCCAGUGGGCAUCAAACCUUGCAAUUCGACCAGUCUGCUAAUGCAAAUUCGAAUAGGCGUUUUGAGCCUGUUGCUAGCUUUCAGUUAAUAUGGUGGAAUCAGGGAUUAAACUCAAGAAAGAAGUUAUCCAUAUGGCGUCCAGUUGUCCCAAUGGGAAUGAUAUAUUUUGGUGAUAUAGCUGUUAAAGGGUAUGAGCCUCCAAACACCUGCAUUGUUCAUGAUUCCAGAGAUGAAAAUAUUUUUAAAACUCCCCUAGAUUUUCAACUUGUUGGACAAAUAAAAAAGCAGAGGGGAAUGGAAAGUAUAUCAUUCUGGCUUCCACAAGCUCCUCCUGGCUUUGUUUCCUUGGGUUGUGUAGCAUGUAAAGGGAAACCUAAGCAAAAUGAAUUUAGCACAUUAAGAUGCGUGCGCAGUGAUUUGGUUGCGGGAGAUAAAUUUUUGGAAGAAAGUGUGUGGGAUACAUCUGAUGCCAAGCAUGCAACGGAGCCAUUUAGUGUAUGGGCUGUUGAUAAUGAGUUGGGGUCUUUUAUUGUCCGUGGUGGUUUCAAAAGACCCCCAAGAAGGUUUGCUUUGAAGCUAGCAGAUUCUAGUGUGCCAAGCGAUUCAGAUGUUACAGUCAUUGAUGCUGGAAUUGGAACCUUCUCGACAGCUCUUUUUGAUGACUACAGUGGUUUGAUGGUUCCUUUGUUCAAUAUAUCUAUGAGUGGAAUAACAUUUAGUUUGCAUGGAAGAACUGGGUAUUUGAAUUGCACUGUUGGUUUUUCCAUGGCUGCCAGGUCAUAUAAUGAUAAGUAUGAAGCUUGGGAGCCUCUUCUCGAGCCAGUAGAUGGAUUCUUAAGGUACCAAUAUGACCUUAAUGCCCCAGCAGCAGCCUCUCAAUUACGUUUAACAUCAACUCGAGAUCUGAAUUUAAAUGUUUCAGUUUCUAAUGUUAAUAUGAUCAUUCAAGCUUAUGCAAGCUGGAACAACCUUAGCAGUGCUCAUGAGUGUUAUAAAAAUAGAGAUACAUUUUCUCCAACUUAUGGUGGAAACUCUAUCAUUGACCCACUCCACAAGAGAAAUUAUUAUAUAAUCCCACAAAACAAACUUGGUCAGGAUAUUUUUAUCCGUGCUACUGAAGCUAGGGAUCUCGAAAAUAUAAUUAGGAUGCCAUCUGGGGACAUGAAGGCCGUGAAAGUUCCUGUGUCGAAAAAUAUGCUAGAAUCUCAUUUAAAGGGUAAACUUUGUAGAAAGGUUAGAACACUGGUGACAAUCAUCAUAGCAGAAGCACAGUUCCCCAGAGUUGAAGUUUCAGAUUCCCAGCAAUAUACAGUGGCUGUCCGUCUUUCUCCUAAUCAGAGCCUCCCUACUGAUGCAUUGGUUCAUCAACAGAGUGCACGUACAUGUGGAAGAAGUGCACAUCAUUUAUUGCCUUCGGAUCUUGAGUUAGUCGAGUGGAAUGAAAUAUUUUUCUUCAAAGUUGAUUCCCUGGAUUACUACUCUUUGGACUUAAUUGUAACAGAUAUGAGUAAAGGUGUUCCCGUUGGCUUUUUUUCAGCUUCCUUGAACCAGAUAGCAAGAACUAUUGAGGACUGCUCAUAUCCCCAAAAUUUUGCUAAUAAGUUGAACUGGAUAGAUUUGUCUGCAGAAAACUCCAUGGUGAACGUUGAUGCUUAUUAUCAGAAGUCUCGCAGAUUACAAUGUGCCAUACUAGUUCAUGGUUCUGAAGUCGAUAAUAACAACCAACCCUCUAGUUAUGAGGUCCAUAAAUCUGGGUUUAUUCAAAUUAGUCCUAGCAAAGAAGGUCCUUGGACUACUGUGAGGCUAAACUAUGCUACCCCUGCUGCUUGCUGGCGGUUAGGUAAUGCUGUUGUUGCCAGUGAAGCUAGUGUGAAGGAUGGCAAUAGAUAUGUGAAUAUUCGAUCUCUGGUUUCUGUUCGUAACCUCACAGAUUUUGUUCUUGAUUUAUGUCUCACUUCAAAAAAUUCGUCAGAAAAGCAUGAAAUAUCUGUUGGGCUACUGCAACCAGGAGAAACUGCUCCACUUCCUCUAUCUGGAUUGACACAAUCUGUACAAUAUUUCUUACAGUUAAGGCCUUGGGCUUCAGCAAACCCCAGUGAGUACUCUUGGAGUUCUGUAGUGGACAGACCUAGGCAACCAGAGGAUGCUAGUAAGGAGGAGCAAACCUCAAAGCUAUGUGUUUCAGCUCUUUCAGAGUCUGAGGAACUAUUGUGCUGCAAUGAAAUGCAUGGAACCUCAGGUGGCUCCCACAAGUCGUGGUUUUGUGUAAGCAUACAGGCAACUGAGAUUGCUAAAGAUAUCCAUUCUGAUGCUAUUCAGGAUUGGUGUUUAGUGGUAAAACCCCCACUAAUAAUUAGCAAUUUCCUUCCCCUUGCUGCUGAAUAUUCUGUUCUUGAAAUGCAAUCAAGUGGCCACUUUCUUGCAUGCUCAAGAGGAGUAUUUUUAUCGGGAAAAACUGUGCAGAUAUACAGUGCUGAUAUUAGGAACCCUUUGUUCUUAUCUUUGCUUCCGCAAAGGGGUUGGCUUCCCAUACAUGAAGCUGUUCUUAUAUCCCAUCCUCAUGGGAGUCCAUCAAAAACAAUUAAUUUGAGAAGUUCAAUAUCUGGAAGGGUUAUCCAAAUCAUUCUUGAACAGAACUAUGACAAAGAGCGCACCUUACUGGCUAAAACAAUUAGAGUCUAUGCUCCUUAUUGGUUAGAAGUAGCUAGAUGUCCUCCACUUUCAUUUAGGAUUCUUGAUAUGUCAGGAAAAAGACGUGGGCCAAAGAUUGCUGCUCAAUUUCAGACCAAAAAUAAAAAUGGAUUAAUCCUUGAAGAAAUAACUGAAGAGGAAAUAUAUGAUGGCUUCACAAUGGCGUCUGUUCUAAACUUCAAUAUGUUGGCCCUUUCAGUGGCAAUUGCUCAAUCAGGAAAUGACCAUUUUGGACCUGUUAAAGACCUUUCUCCUCUUGGUGAUAUGGAUGGCUCAUUGGAUAUAUAUGCAUAUGAUGGUGAUGGCAAUUGUUUGCGGCUUAUUGUUUCUACAAAACCAUGCCCCUAUCAGUCUGCUCCAACAAAGGUAAUUUCUGUUCGGCCAUUUAUGACUUUCACAAACAGACUUGGUCAAGAUAUAUUCAUCAAGUUGAGCACUGAAGAUGAACCAAAGGUUUUGCGUGCUUCUGAUUCAAGGGUAUCCUUUGUGUGUCGUGGAAUUGGUGGACCUGAAAAACUCCAGGUGAGACUAGAAGGUGCCAAUUGGUCAUUUCCCAUUCAAAUUUUAAGAGAGGACACGAUUUCUCUUGUUUUGAGGAUGCAUGGUGGUACUCUUAAAUUUUUGAGAACUGAAAUUCGUGGAUAUGAAGAAGGAUCCCGUUUUGUCGUGGUAUUCCGCCUUGGAUCAAAUGAUGGUCCUAUCAGAAUUGAGAACAGAACAACAAAUAAGGCACUUAGCAUCCGGCAGUCUGGAUUUGGUGAAGAUGCCUGGAUUGAGUUGCAACCUCUGUCAACAACAAAUUUUUCUUGGGAAGAUCCUUACGGCAAUAAGUUUUUAGAUGCUAAGCUUAGAGCUGAUGAUAGCAAUGCAAUAUGGAAACUUGAUUUGGAAAGGACUGGGUUAUGUUCUGCAGAAUUUGGACUGCAAUUCCAUGUUAUUGAUGGGGGAGAUAUAAUAAUUGCAAAGUUCAUAGAUGAAAGGAUACUGAAUUCAAGCUCAAUUGAAGAGAUUAGAGGCCCAAUGCCUGUUGGAAAGUGGGGAGUUUCUGGUACUAAGGCUGAGACGCAGAACAGUGUUACACCUUUUGAGCUCUUAAUUGAGUUAGGAGUGGUUGGAAUUUCUAUGGUGGACCAUAGACCAAAGGAGCUCUCAUACUUAUACUUGGAGAGGGUCUCCUUAACAUAUUCAACUGGCUAUGAUGGUGGAAGGACAAGCAGGUUCAAGCUCAUAUUUGGUUAUUUGCAACUGGACAACCAGCUCCCUCUAACAUUGAUGCCUGUGCUAUUGGCACCAGAGCAGACCUCUGAUGUGCAAUACCCGGUAUUCAAGAUGACAAUUACUAUGCAGAAUGAGAAUAAAGAUGGAAUUCAAGUGUACCCUUAUGUUUAUAUACGGGUAACUGAGAAAUGCUGGAGGCUUGAUAUUCAUGAACCUAUUAUCUGGGCUAUCGUGGACUUCUACAACAAUCUGCAGCUAGAUCGCUUACCUAAAAGUUCAACUGUCACAGAAGUUGAUCCAGAGAUACGUUUUGACCUAGUAGAUGUUUCAGAAGUAAGAUUGAAGUUUUCACUGGAGACUGCUCCAGGACAAAGACCUCAUGGGGUCCUGGGCAUAUGGAGUCCUAUACUUUCAGCCGUUGGAAAUGCCUUCAAGAUACAGGUGCAUCUGAGGAGGGUGAUGCACAGAGACAGAUUCAUGCGAAAAAGUUCUAUUGUUCCGGCCAUUGGAAACCGCGUUUGGAGAGAUUUGAUUCAUAAUCCCUUACAUUUAAUAUUUUCAGUGGAUGUACUAGGUAUGACAAGUUCAACGUUGGCUUCUCUUAGCAGAGGGUUCGCUGAGCUUUCCACGGAUGGACAAUUUCUGCAAUUACGAGCAAAGCAGGUAAGAUCAAGGAGAAUCACUGGGGUUGGGGAUGGGAUCAUUCAAGGAACUGAAGCUCUUGCCCAAGGUGUUGCCUUUGGGGUCUCUGGUGUAGUGAGAAAGCCUGUCGAGAGUGCCCGACAGAAUGGUCUCCUAGGAUUGGCUCAUGGGCUUGGACGUGCCUUUUUAGGUUUCAUUGUGCAACCAGUAAGUGGGGCACUAGAUUUUUUCUCAUUGACUGUUGAUGGAAUUGGUGCAAGUUGUUCCAAAUGCUUCGAAGUUUUCAACAGCAAGACCACCUUCCACAGAAUUAGAAAUCCACGGGCUAUACAUGCUAAUGGGAUACUUAGAGAAUAUUGUGAGAGAGAAGCUAUUGGGCAGAUGGUGCUUUACCUUGGAGAGGCAAGUCGGCAAUUUGGCUGUACUGAGAUUUUCAAAGAACCUUCAAAAUUUGCAUUGUCUGAUUAUUAUGAAGAGCAUUUUAGUGUGCCUCAUCAGAGAAUUGUUGUAGUUACGAAUAAACGAGUCAUGUUGCUUCAGUGUCUUGCUCCUGACAAGAUGGAUAAAAAACCUUGCAAGAUUAUGUGGGAUGUACCUUGGGAUGAGCUGAUGGCACUGGAGUUGGCGAAAGCAGGCAGUUCCCAACCCUCUCACUUGAUCCUCCAUCUGAAACAUUUCCGGAGAUCUGAAAAAUUUGUUCGAGUGAUAAAAUGCAAUAGUGGAGAAGUAUUUGAAGAAAGUGAACCCCAUGCUGUUAAGAUAUGUUCAGUAGUGCGUAGAAUAUGGAAGGCAUAUCAGUCUGACAUGAAAAGCUUGAUUCUGAAAGUUCCUUCAAGUCAGAGAAAUGUAUAUUUUUCCUGGACUGAAGUGGAUAGUAGAGAACCACGUACCCCCAAUAAGGCCAUUAUUAGUUCAAGAGAGAUCUCAUCAUAUAGCACUGCCCCUGUUGACAGGCGAUUUGUUAGACACAGCAUUACUUUUUCAAAGAUUUGGAGCAGUGAACAAGAAUACAAAGGUCGAUGCUCGUUAUGCAGAAAACAGAUCUCGCAAGAUGCCAGCAUAUGUAGCAUUUGGAGGCCUAUUUGUCCUGAUGGGUAUACAUAUAUUGGGGAUAUUGCUCAUGUGGGUAUCCAUCCUCCAAAUGUUGCUGCUGUCUACCGCAAGACUGAUGGAUUUUUUGCUCUCCCGAAGGGGUAUGACCUGGUGUGGCGAAAUUGUUUAGAAGAUUAUGUCACUCCAGUGUCAAUUUGGCACCCACGGGCUCCAGAUGGAUUUGUUUCUCCUGGAUGUGUUGUUGUUGCUGGUUAUAUGGAACCAGAGCCUGAUCUUGUUUACUGCAUUGCUGAGUCACUGGUUGAGGAAACUGCAUUUGAAGAGCAGAAGGUUUGGUCUUCACCUGAUUCAUAUCCAUGGACCUGUCAUAUCUAUCAAGUGCAGAGUGAUGCUUUGCAUUUUGUUGCUCUUCGACAAAGCAAGCAAGAAUCCGACUGGAAGCCCAAGAGGGUCCGUGAUGACCCUCAAUUUCGGUUGGAAUUGCCAUAGUCUCAAAAAUUUUGUUAAUCUCCAUUUUUGUUUUUUCUGGAGAUCUGGAGGAUGUGUCUUCUCAAAGAAGACAGUAAUAUAAGUUGGACGAUAACAAUGGAGGCGGAGUUCAUCUCAGUGAUUAUUACUGCUUCCGGCAUCCAAUGGCGAUGGAACUUGGAUCGAGAUAAUCUUCAGCCUAUAAAAGCAAACUGCGAGCGCGCACAUGCAAUUAUUCAUUUAUCCCUGCGUUGCUCAUGUCUCGACAGACAGACACGUUGGCUUUUCUUUUUGGAACGCCAGAUAUUUGAUUGCUAGAGGUGGUGGAUGUUACGUUACGCGGUUGACAACCAAAACAAUGACUAACAACAGGGGUCUACUUUAAAGAAUAGCUGAUUUGAUGACAUGUGAAAAUAAUAGAUUUCCCCUCUGAAGUUGCAGAUUAUGUCCUUGAACAACUCAAGUUGUGAUUGUGCAUAACAAAUUGUGUGUAUAUUAUUGUCUUCUUUUUUAUUUUUUUGGUGAAUAGUGUGUAUAUAGUCUUUUCUUCGCUGAUUUUAUUCUUAAUUUAGCAUUUUGUUUUUUGUAUUGGAUUAAU